AAUAGAAUACAAUAAAUAAGAUGAGUACUUCCAACAUGAUGAGUGAAAUUAAAACAGGCAAGCAAAUCAAGAGAAAUUCUAAAUUAUUGUGAUUAACUUAUCAAAUCAAUAUAGAACUGAGGAAUAUCCCACGAUUGUGGAAAGUUAUGCGCGUGAAUGUCCAAAUGGAAAAAGAGAAAAAAAAAGAAUUUGCAAAGCUUUACCUAAAGAUGGAAAUAACGGAACUCAACAGAAGAAGUUGAGCAAAAAUACGGCAAAAAAAACGUAAACGCGCUCACCAAAUGGAAUCAACCACAAGCGUCAUUGAAACGGUAACUCAGUAUGAAAGUCUACCAAAAAAUACUAAUUCAAAAGUGGUACCAAAUGAAAUUAUCAAUUCUACUGAUGGACCUCAUAAUAGUGGUCAAACAACAUCGAAUAAUUACAAGUCUUCAGAUCAUAAUGGAACCAAAAAUGUUGACGUGAUUAUAAGUAAAGAUAAAAACAAAAAGGUUUUGGAAGAUUUAAACGUGCCAAAAAUCCAAAUCAAAGGAAAUGGAAAUUGUGUAAUUAAAGAAGUUGACGAAAAUUUGUUCAAUUUACCUAGAAACGUUGCUCUAGCCCAUUGUAUUGCAGAAGAUUUACGUAUGGAAAGAGGAGUCGCGGUUCAAUUCAAACGUUAUUUUGGAGGUAUUGGUCAACUUAUGGACCAAAAACUUACCAUAGGCGAUGUUGGAGUGGUGGUUAAAAACGAAACAGAAUAUGCUUUUUAUCUGGUGACAAAAAAUUAUUGUAACGGCACGUCGACAAUGUUAUCAUUGUCACAUUCAUUAAAGUCGCUCGUAGAAAAAAUGCAAGAAAGGAAAAUAAUCAAACUAGGCAUUCCUCAAAUUGGCUGUAGAACAAAUGGAUUGGAGUGGUCAAAAGUUAAACCACUUAUUGAAGAUAUUUUUGCCGGAUCCGGAAUCGAAAUAACUGUUUGUGUACCAACAAAAGUAAGUGUUGGAAAUAACAGAAUAUUUUAUUGUUUUCAUAAUCAUAAACCUAUUUUAAGAUAUUCUAUCGUCCAUCACCACCUCAAAUGAAAGUGUAUAUAACACCUAAGAAACUAUUGGAAAUUAAUAACAAGCUAAGUGACUUAUUAUUACUGAUUGAUAUUGAACAAAU